CAAAAUGCUUCACUUGUAAAAUUACUAAUCUCUUUAAAAAGCAAAUUAAAUUCUGACAAGAAUUUUGUUAUCUUAAUCCAAUGCAAAAUCGCCGCCUCAAAAAGGAUUACGUUAAUCUAAUAAUAGAUCCCAUUCCCUACGUGAGAGCCCAUCCGUUGCAUGACAAUAUUUUUGAAUGGCACUACGUUCUUUUAGGUCCUGAAAAUACGCCUUACGCUGGUGGUGUUUACCAUGGUAAGCUAAUAUUUCCCAAAAACUAUCCAUACAGAGGUCCCAGCAUUUAUAUGAUAACACCUAAUGGAAGAUUCAUGACCAACUUAAGACUUUGCUUUAGUUUCAGCGAUUACCACUCAGAGACUUGGGAUCCAUCCUGGUCAGUUGGCGCUAUUUUAUAUGCUCUUCUAAGCUUCAUGACUGGCAAUGAAUCCACUACUGGCUCAAUUAAAACAUCGAGGGAAUGUAAAAGAUUGUUUGCCAAGGAAAGCAUGAAGUUUAACUUAACUAAUCCUAUUUUUUGUGAGUAUUUUCCUGAACUAGCGGCACAAUCUGAACACAAAACUGCUUCCAAGAGCGUAAAGAAAGUGUUGUGUGCCAUCAUAUUGGCGUUACUUUUACUGUACUUACUCCGAUUGAUAAUUGAAAUGAGUUAGCUAAUUUCGCAUUUUUAAAGAAAUGAUUUGUGAUUUUUUAUAAU